AGUCUCUUUACCUCUUAGGUCAGAGGUCAGUCAGCGCGCCUUCCAUCCAUCCACACACAACAAGGAGCAGCUCAGUGACUAACUAAAAACUUUUAGCUCGACUAUUGUUCAGGUUUUGUCCUUAAAUCUGACAUUAAAGCUACAACAACGACAGGUGUGUUUUGGACAGCGGCUCAGGGAGCGGGCUGGCUGUUGCUGGCUUAUCGGUUUGCCUUGUUAGCCUCCUCAGAUGAGGAAAUAACUAGAUAAGUAGCUCAACUUGAAGCUAGCUUAACCGAUAUCUCUUUGAUCGGACGACGGCAAACUGAAGGAGCUACUGGCCAACGUGGACCACAUCAAGUUCGACCUGGAGAUCGCCAUGGAGCAGCAGCUGGGGGCGCAGCCUCUGCCCUUCCCCGGCAUGGACAAGUCUGGGUCUGCUGUGUGUGAGUUCUUCAUGAGAGCAGCUUGUCUGAAAGGUGGGAUGUGUCCGUUCCAUCACAUCAGUGGAGAGAAGGCGGUGGUGUGUAAGCACUGGCUCAGAGGACUGUGUAAGAAGGGAGACCAGUGCGAGUUUCUCCAUGAAUAUGACAUGACCAAGAUGCCUGAAUGCUACUUCUACUCCAAGUUUGGUGAGUGCAGCAACAAGGAAUGUCCCUUACUGCAUAUUGACCCAGAGUCCAAGAUCAAAGACUGUCCCUGGUAUGACUGAGGCUUCUGCAAACACGGUGAAUCCAGAAACUGGCUACAUUGAUUAUGACAGACUGCAAGAAAAUGCACGCCUGUUCCACCCCAAACUCAUCAUUGCAGGAGCAAGCUGCUACUCCCGCAACCUGGACUACGCCCGCUUGAAGCAGAUUGCUGAUGAGAACGGUGGCUCUGACAACCAUCUGAUCCUGCUGGACCUGCGCAGCAAAGGAACUGACGGAGGCCGAGCUGAGAAGGUGCUGGAAGCCUGUGCCAUCGCUUGCAACAAGAACACCUGUCCAGGAGAUAAGAGUGCUUUACGCCCUAGUGGUUUGAGGUUUGGCUCUCCGGCUCUGACCUCCAGAGGUUUGGUGCAGGAUGACUUCAGGAAGGUGGCUGAGUUGAUCCACAGAGCCAUUGAACUGACCCUGGAGAUACAGAGAAGCAUGGAUCCCAAAGCCACUCUGAAGGAGUUCAUUCAGACACUGGCUCAGGGAGAGAAGUUCCAGCAGCGGGUUGCUGAACUCAGGGCUGAGGUGGAGGCCUUCACUGGUCAGUUCCCCAUGCCGGGCCUUCCCGAGCUGUAGAGGGCAACAGUUCAGACAUUGAAGGCUUGACUGAUGAUCACAUGGACAAUACUGUGACAGUUCUGCUGGUGUGUUGCGUAGUGAACACAUUUGUUUUAAUGAAAAGAAAUUUGUGGAAGGAUUUGUAAGGAUUUUCUUGUAAUUUCAGUUGUAUAUGCUACAAUUAAAUUGCAGCUUUUUCUCCAUUUUUAUUUUUUUUUUGUAUUGAGUUUAAAAUUCCAGACUUUUCUCACCAACUACUGAAGAUUGAAGGAAUGAGCACAUGAGCAUUGUACAUGUAGACAGUACACAUGUACAGUGUAUUAAAUGUGAUUUGAUACAUAAGACUGAUAUUUUUACAUUCAAUUCAAGUAAUAAUUAAGAAAACCA